GUAAACACAUGAGCUUCUUGUGGUCAUUGAAGCUAGUUCUGUUAUACAUUUAUUUUAUUGGAAUAUUUUCAUCACAUGCAUAUCCAAAGUUGACUUGACAUCUGAAAAAUUCUCAAGUUCGAGGAGUUGCUACGCACGCUGACUACUUGCAGCUGAACUAAACGAUAGAUGUAACGAAUCGAUAUUUCAUUUUAAAAACAAGGCAGGCCGUGCAGACCAUUUGAAAUGUCGGACUCAAAACCAAAGAAAAAGAAGAGGAAGCAGAAGCAGCGCCUGCUUCCAGAAGAGGGUGGUGAAGAAGAUGGUAUAGCAAAUCCUAUUUUGACAGGAGAAGAGUCUGACACUGGAUUGGUGUACAGUGGAGGAGAGACUUCUGGAGGGGAGACUGCAGAAGAUAUCGAAGAAGCUGAAAAUCUUGCUCAAGAUUUGAAAACAAAACAUGCACAAAAACAACGAGAGUUAUCAGAGGUGAUAUCACCAAAAGAUGACGUGGCCAAAGAACUUCGCACCAUCAAGAAGAAAAGUAAGGAAAAGGUGGAAGAAACAAUCAGGCAGGAACAGGAGGAGAGUGCGGUGGAGGAAACCACAACUUUACAAACUGCCACUGAGGUGGGCGAGGAUGGUACCCUCCCUAUGCCUGAGGGGGAGGAGACAGGGGAGGGCAUACCCACUCUAGCAGAGGGAGAGGAGGAAGACGAAGAGAGCAAAGUGAAAAAACUGAAAAAGAAGAAAAAAACAGAAGAGUCUGAAAUUACUCCUCUGACUCAGGAGAAAGAUGAGGACGAGGAAAAAAAGGAGGAGCCAGCCCCAUCUAAACCACCUGAGGAAGAUACUAAAACCCCAAGAGGAAAGACCCUCAAGGAUCGGCUGAAAAACAGGCUACAGAAAGCCAAGGAAACAGCUGUAUCUGAAGUCCAGGAACAGGAGCGAGAAGAACGUCGAGAGAAACGACUCAAGCGAGACCAGCAGGUCACACGCUUUGAUACUGAGUAUGAUGAAGCUGAGAUGGAGAGACUUGAAGAAAGAUCCAGACAAGUGAGGAUGAGAUUGAAGAAAAUGAGUCAACAACCUUCAUCUGAACGGAUGAAACAAGUAUUGGAAUCCAAGGGGAUCUUUGUUCCUACAACUGAAGAGGCUUUUGAUUUUUUCACACGUAAUUUUGAUCCUGAGCCAGACGAAGAACAGAAGGAAGAAGCAGAGGAGAAAGCAGAUACAGAGAAAGACGAAAAAGAAGACAAAGAUGAGGAGGAAGCAGGUCCAAGUACUGAACCCAAAGAAGGGGAAGAAGGAGAAGAAGCAGAGGGAGAAGAGGAUGAGGCUGCCAAGAAAAAGAAAAAAGAAAAAAAGAAAAAGGACAAAGAAACGGAUGAAGAGAAACAACCUCUACUCGAUGUGAUGGAUGACGAUGACGGAUUUCGCCCAGUGAUAGUGAGAGGGCCAGAGUUUCCUGACCCAAUAGAGAUGCAGAAGAAAGAGGCGGAAAUCUACUUUGUACCAUCAGUAACUACAGUUCCCUCAGAGCAGAAGGUUUCAGAAGAACAGCAGCCCCGUUUCCUGGAGGAAGAAGGUUUCUACGUUGGAACUCGACCAGAUCCUUCUGGCUGGAAUGUCAAUAAGAUGGAACACAGACUCCUUAAGGAGCCAGAUGGUCGGCGUUGGUUUGGCGAGGACGGGCGUAUGUUGGCCCUGCCUGACCCCCUGCGACCGACACCCUCACGUCCCCCAGUACCUGACGAGAAGGAACCCUACCUUGAGACAGUGUUUAAAGGAGCCAUCAUACGGGACUUUGACAGCAAGUAUAUUGACGGAUCCGUAGACAAUAGUGGAUUUUAUCAGCUGGACGUUGAUAUCAAUUCAAUUUGGAUGUCUCAUCACCACUUGUACAGCCGUGAACAUGUCCUUGCCACCCGACUUCAGGAACUCUACAAUAUAUAUCUAGGCAGGCAGAUUAAAAACAUGACUGAAUAUCUCACAGAGAAGCUCAAAGCUCUUAAAAGUUCAACACUUCAUCUUAAAGAUCACAUGCUGGCUCAUAAAUCAGAACAUAAUUUUGCUGACCGAUCAAACUACGAGAGACGAUUACGAGAUUACAAACUAGAGACCAGGAAAGCCCGUGAAUUGAGAGACAAAGAAGAACAAACAGAUAGACAGAUACUUAAAAGCAUCAUACACACAUGGAAGGAAAUCAGAGCACAAAGGGAGAAACAAAAUUACAGCAACACCUCAGUCAAAGUCCAGUUCAAAAAGGAAGAGGUGGAUAAGAACCGUGACAUGAUGGUGUGGCGGCAGGAGAUAGAGGAGGAAGUGGAGGAGGUACGAGAAGCUCACGCUGAGGACUACCAGAUGAAGAUGAAGGAAUACCAGGAACAGAAGAAAGAGAAAGACAAGCAAAUCAAGGCCAAGGCUGAUGCAGCUAAGAGACAGAAGAAGCGAGGAAGUAAGGCUUCUAAAUCUUCCAGAGCCUCUCGGGCAUCUAAACUCAGUGGCGAGGAACAGACACCAGAAGAGAAGCAAAAAGACAUUGAUAUAUUGAAUGAAGAGGAUUUGCCAGAACCGGAAAUGCCCGAUGAAUUUGACGAAACUGCCACAAGAGAAAAAAUACGGACGAAAGUCAUGGAAAUCCGCCGACGACCAGGUGAACCAAAACUGCAGCCAGAAUUAACUCAUACAAAUAGUAUAACAACAACAGCUCAGUGUCCUCGUGGUGAACAACAGCGACGAGAAGCAUUGUCUGGAUGUAAAGUAUUUAUCAAGGUGCUAUUUAAUAACAAAGAAGUCUCGCGAACUUUACCAAAACCAUUAUCACAAGAAUUUAAAGUAACGUUUGGUCAAAUAUUCAAUAUAAAAAUUGUCCAGUGGCCAGAGAGUAUAAAGUUCCAGAUUUUUGAGACAGUGGGUUACAGCACAGAGAUAUUGGCUGAACUGUAUACAAGUAUACCGGAGGUGUCCAUUACAUCACAGGGUGUCCAGCUUGAACAGCUAGACUUCAGUUGUAAUCACCGAGUCAGUCAUAACCACGAGGGAGUCGGCAGUGGUAUACCAUUUAGCUAUGGAACCAAAGUGGACAAUGACAUGAUCACUUUGAUGACAACGGGGGAAUUGAGCAGCAGUGUGGCCUGGGCAGUGGAUGAAAACAACCAGCCUCUUGUACCACCAGUCAGCAAUGCCAGCAAAGACAAUGUGUUCAGUGCUAUAAAGAAGAUGGACCCUAUGCAGGCAGUCAGUCCAUCUGGAAAAGUUGACUUGGAGAAACUGUCCAAAUGGUUUGAGGAAUCCAGACUGGACCCUAACGACCCUUCAAAUGCCAACCUAGUCUACAUGCUAAAGCCAAAGGGAGGUGACUUGAGCCAUAUAAAGCCUCCUGACUACUUCAGACUGGAACAACUACAGGAAGAAUUUAACAUGGCCACAGAACAAGAGAUUGAAGACAAUAAACGCUUUCAGCUGCUGCAACUCCGUGAUAACGAGGUGCAGGAAUUUCGUAACUACAGGAUGGUUCCGCUCAAAAUCCAGGAGAUCCCACGCGAUACCUUCACUGAAUAUGAAAAAAAGAAGAGAGAAGAAACGAAACUGAUCAGGAAGGAUGAUAUAGAAUCUCAUCGAGCAGACAGGGCAAAGUUCAUGCAGAGGGUGAGGGAACAAGUGAUCCAGAGAUUCCGAAUAUUGGCCCACAUGAAGAGACUUGAGGACGUUGUAUUGGAGGAGGCAGUACCUAACAUAGCCAUGAUUGGCACCAGCCUGCUGAGAGUUACUGAACGGCGACGACCGCUGAGACCAGAGAGAAAGGAAAGGAAGAAGGUUACCGCCCAGGUGCUUAAAGGUGAUGAGGUGAAGAUCCUUGUCAAUAUCACGCGUGCCCUUUAUGUCCCAAUUAGGACAGGCUCUUCCAUUAAACCUAGUGGCUCUGCUACGGCUAGAGGGACUGAUACAGAAAACAUGGCAGUCAAAAAUAUUGUUGGUGAUACUUUGGUCCGUCCCUUUGUGGAGGUGGUAUUCCAACACUCAUCCAUGCGAACGGUGGUGGGAGAUGGCCCGAACCCAAGCUUUAAUGAGGAACUUCAGAUCCCAUUUAAGGCUCCAAAUGAUGACUACAGUUCGAACAAUUUACAAACCAUCACUGACGAACUCUACCUCAAUUUGUUUGAUGAAGUGGUUGUAGACAUACAAGAGGAUGACAGAAACAGGGGCACUACGCUUCACCAGAGGAUAGAGAAACGAUGGCUUGGGGACCUCACAAUACCGUUCUCAACCAUCUACUUUAACGGCAAGAUUGAGGGUACAUUCUGUUUGAAAUCACCGCCAGUGUUGUUAGGAUACUCCCAUGACCAAAAUAUGGGCGCAGAUACCGACAUCAAUAUUGGGAGCAAAGAGGAGAAUACCUACCUGAGCCUCUUCAUCACUAUUGAACCACCCUUGUCACCUGCUGAGCCAAUGAAAGAACGAUUUUCAACAAAUGAAUCGGAAGACUUGCUACAAUAUGCAGAAAAGUGGCAGACAGAACUGGAAGAAAAAUUUCCAAAGAGGGAAUUCAAAACAACUGUGAUCAAUGUAAAUGGGAAAUCUGUAUUUAUAACACGAUACUUCAAGGAGCUGAAACCACCUGAGGAACUGUUAGCAGAUCUCAAGAAUCAAAAGGCUGAUGAGGUUGUGGCACACUUUGUGGCGAUGAUUCCCUUCAUUUCUGACUCGGUUGUGUUCCCAGGACUCUGUGACAUCUGGAGUACCAGCUCGCAAUUCCUACAAAUGAUGGCUGGUGACGAGGAAGAACAUGCAGUCUUAUUAGCCAACUACUUCAUGUCAAUGCAGAAGAAGACAUGGCUGAUUAUAGGCACCGCUAUCCCAGAGGGUCCCACAGCCUACGUUAUGACAGAGGAAGGAAACGAUCUCUGGAUCUGGAAUGCUGGGACAGGCCUUCACUACAGUGUCCAUGACAACUACUGCCCUCUACAGACAGUUGGCUGCCUAGUGGAUGCAGAAAAUAUCUACGCAAAUAUACAGCAGUAUGAUAAGCCAUCCCAGAUGAGAUUUGACCUCAAAUCAACAUCAGACUGGAGACCAUUCUUCACACGAUCCUUCAGCAGGUCACUUCCAUCUAUACAGCCUGAGGCCUUGCGGUAUAUAAACUCUGAUCCAAAUGGAGCAAGAGACAUCCAGGAAAAGAUAGAGAACAUGUUAAAGAAUAGGAUCAUGGAUUGGCGAUCACGAUACAUCACUCGCUGGAACAGACACUGCACACAAAUCAUGAGGAAAAUCCUACCAGUAUUGGAGGAGAAUCUUGGAAAACCACCAGGUAGCGAACAUCUGUCUGAACUAGAGAAACAGUUCUCUACUUACAAGGUGUCUGGAUUCCCCAUCAACAUGCCAUUCAAGGAUCUAGAAUACAUCAAUGAACGAGUCUAUUCCACUGGUGUGCAUGCUCACGAGACCAGUGAUGUGGAAUUUGCCCUUGCAGUCUAUGUACAUGCCUACCCUAACUCUGUGGCAUCCGUCUGGGUGUAUGUGGCAUCACUGAUUCGCCUUCGGUAGAAGGAUCACCUGACUUGUAUCAACAUUCCGUCCAAUUAACUGUAUCCGAGAACAGAGUGUCCAUCAAAAUAAACAACAACAAAAAUUGUCUGCAUAGUGGAAACAAGGCUUCCUGUCAAUCGAGGUUCUGUGUGUCCGGAGAAUUUCUUGUUUAGACACCCACUAAUCUCCAUUGGACACUGGAUUACAAUAAAAGUUGAAGACACCAGAGGAUUUUUACAUGACUGAAGUGUUUGUAGUUCUUCAAGAUGGAAGGAGACAUUUUCAAUAAAUUGUGACACAACAUCUGUGAUAUGUACAAAUAGUUGAAACAGAAAUAUGCCCACAGACAUAAAGGCUCAUUCAUGAUAC